AUGGAAGAAGUACCUCAAAGUGUUUCUAAGCAGCGUAAGAUCGCUGUGGUGGGUGCGCGCAACGUUGGAAAGUCCUCGUUAACUGUUCAGUUUGUGGAAUCGCAUUUUGUAGAGUCCUACUAUCCAACUAUCGAGAACCAAUUUACCAAGCAGAUAGUGCUUGGCAAAACUCCCUAUACAUUGGAAAUCUGUGAUACUGCGGGUCAGGAUGAGUUUUCGCUAAUAAACACAAAGUCUCUAAUAGGUCUCAAGGGAAUAGUAAUUGUCUACAGUUGUGUUAACCGGGCUAGUUUCGAAAUCGUCGAGCUUAUCCGCGACAAGAUUUUGGAUCAGCUGGGACUGGACAACAUCCCAGCGGUGGUUGUUGCCAACAAGAUAGAUCUGCGUUCCGCUAGGGAUGGUGGAAGCGUGAUAACGCCUAAUGAAGGUGCACAGCUGGCCGCCAAACUGGGUGCAGGGUUCAAAGAGUGCAGUGCCAAGCUUAACGUUGGCGUAGAAGAGGCGGUUACCUUGCUACUCACACGCAUGGAGGGACCUAUCAAAUCCAACUCUAACGACGAUAAAUGUUGCAUUAUGUAA